AUGGCCAGCGAGGCCCCUGAUUUGGCGAAUCCGCCAGCAGGAGACAACACAGACCAAGAUGCUGGUUUGCUCCUCCUACCGGCGACACAAUACGUGCCACCUCCUACGCCCACGAAUACAACUCAGGGACCCGACAGGGCGGCGACUGCUACGAGUGCCCGGCCGCCUCCUGUCCCCAGCUCGGCCACCACGCACCUGGGACCUGCCCCGGAGUUCCACUUCACGUUCCCGGACAGGCUGAGGGGCUGGGACAAGUCCGUCGCGGCGUGGCUCCAGGAGAACAACAAGUACUUCUCUGGCGUGGCGGCGUCGGCCGUCGUCUUCAAGGGGGACCGUGUGCUGGUGCUGCAGCGGGCACCGCACGACAGCAUGCCGCUCCAGUGGGAGCCGCCGGGGGGUGGCGUGGACCCCGAGGAGACGAUACUGAAUGGGUGCGCGAGGGAGUUGUGGGAGGAGGCGGGGUUGGUGGCUAAGCGGGUGGUGAGGGUUGUGCCGCCGCCGGAGACCAAGGAUGGUGAUGAGGUCGAGAGGGAGGAUAGGGAUCUGGGGAUUCCGUUCUCGAAUAGGGCGGGUGACAAGUUUUAUUACAAGUUUACGUUUGAGGUGGAGGUGGAUGAUGCUGAGGCUGUGAGGACUGAUCCGAAUGAGCAUAUGGGCUGGAUGUGGUUGACGGAGGAGGAGGUUGAGAAUUGUCGGACUUCAAGCGGCAGUACUGUUUCCUUUACGAUGAGCUCGGUGAGGAAACAGUUACUGGGGGCUUUUGCUUUGAGAAAGGCGGGUUAG